AUGGAGGUUGGUUUGAGGGGAAAACCUAGUGAAUCGUCCUCUUCUGAUAUUUCCUUUGCUAACCAGGAUAUUCAGAGAUGUCCAUUCUUGAGAAACAUCCAUCAACCUACUAGCUUCUCCUUCUCAGCUGUCAAUUUUUCUACCCCUGUAAAUGGACCAAAUUUUGACAAUGCAUUCAGGCUUUUCCAUGGACAUAAUGGGGUCGUUCCCCUCUCAGGAAGAACAUUUGUGCCUGAUCAGAAACUAGAGCCUGAGAUUUCACCUGAGUUUAAUCCCUUAGCAGCAAAGGCAGCCACAAUCAGCCUUUCAGCUUUUGGACCAGGAGGACCUUUUGGCUUUGAUUUCUUCUCAAACAAGUGGAAGAAGCAGAAUGGUAGAUCAUCCAAUUCUCAGAAAAGAGGCGAUUCAGCACACGAGUCACGGAGCAAUGAGUGGCUGGAAACUGGACAAUGUCCAAUAGCAAAGUCAUAUAGAGCAGUCAGUGCUGUACUUCCCCUGGUUGCAAAUGUUCUAAAGCCUCCCCCCAGCAUGAAGCUAAGGUGUCCACCAGUUGUGGUGGCUGCCCGUGCAGCGCUCGCUCGAGCUUCUUUUGUAAAGAAUCUCCGACCACAACCUCUUCCAGCAAAAAUGUUAGCCAUAGCCUUGCUGGGUAUGGCUGCAAAUGUUCCCCUUGGAGUCUGGCGGGAGCACACCAAGAAGUUCUCCCCCCAAUGGGUCAUGGCAGUCCAUGCGGCUGUACCCUUCAUUGCAAUGCUAAGGAAAUCCGUGCUGAUGCCCAAGGCAGCCGGCGAUUACGAUUGCAGCCUCAAUCCUAGGUCAGACCAUCGGAUCGAGAGCUGA